AUGGACCAAAUACUCUCACGCACCAAAUCUGAAUCGGCUAAGGGAAACCGUAGCUCCGCGGGGUCAGGAAAUUCUCGAGCCGUAACUAUCCCAUCGUUCGAGGAGUUUCUCCUGAAGCGUGACUACGUGGGCGCCAAGACCGUCCUUCAGCGCUCCAAAGAUUAUGACGAUGUACCCGAGCACCUGAAACAACUCUGGACAGGAUUCUGCGAUUUUCACAUCGGUGAGUACAAGAGGGCCAAAAAUUUGUAUGAAACCAUCUACGCAGCCGACGGCACGCAGAACGAUGUGGCGUUCAACAUUUGUGUCUGCAUGUUUUACCUGGGAAUGUACGACGAGGCCCAAAAGCUGGUCGAGGGGCUGCCCCAAAGCCCGCUAAAAAUCCGUUUGCUGUUCCAUCUCGCGCACAAGCUGAGUGAUGAAGAUCAUCUAAUGGAACUGCACGGAUCGCUGCGUGAUGUAGUCGAGGACCAGCUCAGUCUGGCCGGGAUGCACUACCUCCGGUCGCACUACCAGGAAGCCAUCGAUAUCUACAAGCGCGUUUUGCUCGACAACAAGGAUCUCCUGGCGCUGAACGUGUACGUGGCCAUUUGCUACUAUAAGCUCGACUACUACGAUAUCUCGCAGGAGGUACUCGAGCUGUACUUGAACCAAUACCCCGACAGCACGAUUGCCAUCAAUCUGAAGGCGUGCAAUCGGUUCCGGCUGUUCAACGGGCGGGCUGCUGAGCAGGAAAUCAAACACCUGGUCGAGAGUGGCACGUUCGGUGCGGACCUGAUCAAACACAAUCUGGUAGUGUUUCGCAACGGAGAGGGUGCCCUUCAGGUGUUGCCCCAUCUCACCGACAUAGUGCCCGAGGCGCGGCUGAACCUUGCCAUCCAUCAUCUGAGGCGCGGAGAAAUCCAAGAGGCAUACCAGCUGAUGAAAGAAGUCCAACCAACGGUACCGCAGGAGUACAUCCUGAAAGGGGUGGUCCACGCUGCGCUCGGACAGGAAACUGGCUCGAAGGAGCAUCUGAAAAACGCCCAACAGUGUUUGCAUCUCGUCGGAGGUUCGGCUUCCGAGUGUGACACCAUCCCCGGACGGCAGAGUAUGGCGUCGGCCUUCUUCCUUUACGGCCAGUUCGAAGAGGUAUUGGUGUACCUCAACUCGAUCCGUAGCUACUUCGUAAACGAUGACAUCUUCAACUACAACUACGCGCAGGCUAAAGCGGCCACCGGAUACUACAAAGAGGCCGAAGAGCUGCUGCUACAAAUUCACGACAUCUCCAUUAAAGCGGACAGCACGUUCGGCAUGGUGCUCGCCAAGUGUCACAUCCACGCCGGGCACGCCGACCAGGCGUGGAACAUUUUUCUAACGAAGGACUCCACACCGGACGCGUUCGCCUUGCUGCAGUUAAUUGCCAACGACAGCUACCGUGUCGGGGAGUUUUGGGUUGCCGCGAAAGCGUUCGAUACACUCGAGAAGCUCGACCCAAACCCGGAGUACUGGGAAGGCAAACGAGGGGCCUGCGCCGGUGCCGUUCAGGCCAUUUUGGCCAAACGAGGCAGCGGAGCUCCGCCGGGUGGGGUAUCGGAAAUUAUUUCGCUAUUGCGCGACUCCACCAAUGCUCAGGCGGAAGGCAUGUUGAGAGUUGUUCGCCGCUUUGCUAGUAGCAUCAAGUGA